UUCUUCUGCGCCGGACAGCUGCACGUGUCGAACCAGCGAGUGUUUACAGUGACUUUAAAGUCUGGACUUUACAUGCCAGCAAAAACACACCACUUCACACUCACAGCGUCCAACAAACUGCAGUAAUGCCGAAAGUAAAAAAGUCUAAAGACGGAGGAGAGAAGACCGGCGGAGCGAUGGCGCUGGCCGACCAGAUCCUUCAGGGGGACACGGUCCGAGCCCGAGGCCGGGUGAAGAGCAGAGACAGCCGGGCAGAAAACGAGGACACGUACGUGGACGAACGUCUGUCGCGUAAAAUCUUACAACAGGCUCGAAUCCAACAAGAGGAGCUCCAGACGGAAUAUGGACUUGCACCAGAGAAGAAGAAAGCACCGGUCACUGUCCUUGGGCCUGAUUCCCAGGAUGCAGAUUCAGACGAUGAGUGGCCGGCGCUGGGAGAAGCAGGUGCUGACGGCGACCAUGCUGAAUGUGACACUGAAAUUACCGUCGACCCGGACGAUGAGAAGGCCAUGGAGAUGUUUAUGAAUAAAAACCCUCCCAUGAGACGAACCUUAGCCGACAUUAUCAUGGAGAAGAUCACAGAGAAGCAGACUGAAGUAGGAACAGUGAUGUCGGAGGUGUCAGGGCGUCCGAUGCCACAGCUGGAUCCGAGAGUAAUAGAAGUGUACCAAGGUGUCAAUAAGGUUCUGUCGAAAUAUCGCAGCGGUAAACUGCCAAAGGCUUUUAAAAUUAUACCGGCACUCUCAAACUGGGAGCAGGUUUUGUAUUUGACUGAGCCUGAGACCUGGACUGCAGCUGCCAUGUACCAAGCAACAAGAAUCUUCUCCUCCAAUCUGAAAGAGCGAAUGGCCCAACGGUUUUACAACUUGGUGCUGCUGCCUCGAGUACGGGAUGACAUCGCAGAGUACAAACGACUCAACUUUCAUCUCUACAGUGCCCUGAAGAAGGCCCUGUUCAAACCGGGAGCAUGGUUCAAAGGUAUUCUGAUUCCUCUGUGUGAGUCUGGGACGUGUACUCUCAGGGAAGCCAUCAUCAUCGGGAGCAUACUCACAAAGUGCUCCAUCCCCGUGCUCCACUCCAGCGCUGCGAUGCUUAAGUUGGCAGAGAUGGAGUACAACGGUGCCAACAGCAUUUUUCUUCGCCUCUUGCUCGACAAGAAAUACGCCCUGCCUUUCCGUGUCCUAGAUGCCUUGGUGGCUCACUUCCUGUCCUUCCGCAGUGAAAAACGUGUGCUUCCUGUGCUUUGGCAUCAGAGUUUGCUCACCCUGGCUCAGCGCUACAAGGCUGACCUGGCCUCCGAACAGAAGACAUCCCUGCUGGAGCUGCUCAAGAUACAAACACACCCUCAGAUCUCUGCAGAGAUUCGCAGGGAGCUACAGAACUCAGAGUCAAGGGAUAUUGAAGUCGGGCUCCCUGUUACAGUGGAAAUGGACUGAGUCAGUUUGCUCUGAUGCGUCAUCCCCUUUGUUCGUGUUUUCUUAGCAUGAAUAGAGUUUUCGGUGAAUCUUACUUCCUUAUCCUUCCAUUAAUAUUAAAGGAAAGUAACAAAGA